AUGCCAGGCAGGAAGAACCGCAGAAGGGCAACGGCAGCCUUGGUUGCCGUCAAGAUGGAGACCAGCACGGAGGACGAUCUCCCCGUUGCUUCGGUUGCUGAAAACGACUAUGCAGAGACCAUCAACAUCAGAGAAGUCGUUUCAAUACCGCCUUCUUCAGCCUCCCCCGGCCUCCCUUCGCUGCCUCCCGUGAGGAUUCCAUAUCCGGCUCAGCACGACUUGCUCCUAAAGGUCCAAGACAUCCUCGAGAGGGCUUGUUUCGAUUAUGCGCGAAGAGAGCUCCCCGACCUCCUCAAGUCCAGAGGUUGGACAUCGUAUCAGUGUGCAGAGUUCACUCGGUGGACACGGAUACUCCCUCACCACCUCGGCAACAAGCAGGUCCCCGCCCCAUACGAGAACAUAUUCUCUUUCUUUGCGUCGGUGCGUGAAAUGAGAAACACGGUAGUCCACCGCCACCACCGAUAUGCUACGAAGACCAUGAGGUACCUCGAGGACUCCAAGACUCUUGCACUCAUGUUAGGCGAUCGACAGUGUUGGGAGACCCUCGACCGGCUGGCGCUGGAGACGCAGGAUUUAGUGACGAAGCUGACUGAAAAUGUCGCAUCCCUCGAAAGGAAACAUCAUGAUUUCGUGCAGGAGAUCAACGAGCAGCGGGAACAGCUUCAUCGACUCGAAUGUGCUUCGUGGGAGAAGGCCAAAGAGGAGAACUUGGACUACCAGAGGCGUCUUGGCGAAUCUUACUCCGAGACUAUCAACAACAUGGAUUGUGCCUCGAAAAGGUGUCCCCUUCAUCAUGAACAGAGUCAGGAGGUCAUUCCACACCAGAAGAAGGCGUCCUUCAACAUUCUCCGCUUGAUCUGGAAUUUCCUCACUCGCCAGGUCGACGACGAGGUGGCUCAACCAGAAAGUUCUGAAAGUUGA